CGUAGUUUUCCAAGCAAGUCAUUUAGCAAGGCGCGUUUUGGUGGUGCUCUGUGAGUCUCCCGAGCUCAGCAUCCCAGCUCUUUCACUCAAAAGAAGGCUAUCCCUUCUGUCGCGCCUUCUCGCACUGCCGGCGGAAAGUUCAGCGCUCUUCCCAAAUCUCCCCAGCUCUCCGCGAAUCUAGGGAACCACAUCAUGGUGACGUGGUGGCCAGCAGGGACGUGGCAGCGGCGGCAGGUCAGCGGCGGCGCGGCGCCUGAGGAGAAAGCCGACCCUGUGACGUCAGACGUGCAAGCGGUGACCUCAGAAGCGGAGGAGGGGGCGGAAGAGCAUGAGGACUACCAGCUAACUUUGAAGGAGGCGAUCCGCAAGGCGAUGACGUCCGAGGACGUCAGCAACCGCCUGAAGGUGGAGGUGUGGUGCGGCAGCAGCGACGAAGGCUACAUCUCGGACCCGCCAGCGAGCCCCUCCUCUAGUUGGGACGCCCUCUCUGAUGUCGACCCGCUGGAGCUCUCCCCGGAAGGCGAACUGCGUCCCACCAAAUUCCCACCCGGCGCGGAUUCCGUUCCGGUGCCUCCCCCGCUCACCUUUUCCGCUAUUGACACCAAACCCGCAAACGACACGGAGGAAGAGGCGAUCGUAACCCCUGUGUCAGUUCUACUGGUCGCUGCUGGUGACGGCGAGCUUGACACCAACCCUGAGGGGGAGACGGAGGAAGCGGCUUGCGAGCAGCUCGUGGUGUCAACCGAGGGUUCGCUGCCUGGAGAAGUGACGUUGGUGGAGGGCGACGUUAUCUCUGGGGCUGAGAACAAUGACCUGGCAGAAGGAAAAGGGGAGAUGCCGGAAACAGAAGAAUUGGAGGUUCAGACGAAGGAAGCUGGCAAUCCUUCCGGUCGGAUGCUGGAGAGCACAAACGGCGACGCGCAGGGGCUGGUUCCGGUCGCAGCCGUUCCGCUUCCGGAAGAGGAGAGCGCCACUGUUGGCGUCAUCCCACAAGAUUUAGAGAGCUUCAAGGAAUUUCUUAAGCGAUACUACAUAAUGAGACUCUCCCGAGAACAAGCGAGCGCUACGAAGAGGGAGACGCAGUCCGGAAUGGAUUCCGCUGAAACGGAAGCGGAACCGGAACUGGUGGACGAGCCAACCGGAACGUCCGGGGCUACGGCUGUCGCCACGGAGUGUGAAGGCGCUGUGGGAGGACUCGCCCCGAUCGGAAUGGAUUCCGCAGAGGCGGAAACGGAAGCCCACGGCUUGGAGCGGAAAGUGAAGGUUGAGCCGGUUCAGAGCUUCCCCGUCGUCGUCGAGCAGACCGGUUGGGGACCGCUUCCGGUCGGUGCGUACCCGGUUGAAAGCUCUCAGCUAACUGGGGCUGAGGAGAUAGAAACCGGGGCUGACGAAGGAACCCGGAGCGAAGAAGCGAAGGAUGAAGAUCUCCCGCCAAACGGCUCGGGUCUGGGGGAGGAGGUUAAGGUAGCCAGGUUGGGUUUGGAAGAGGAGGUUGAACCAACCGGGUGGGUUUCGGGUAACGAGAUGCAGCCAACGGGAUGGAGUCCAAUCCCGGAUGCCAUGGCUGGUGGGAAUCUGGAAGUGGCGGUGUGGGAAGGGGGGGAAGAAGGGGAAGCGGAGAACGAGAGCGGGGAGGAAACGGAGAACGAGAGCGGGGGUGGCGAGCUGCAGCCAACCGGGUGGGGUCCAAUCCCGGAUGCCAUGGCUGGUUGGAAUCUGGAAGUGGCCGGGUGGGAAGAAGGGGAAGGGGAGAAUGAGAGCGGCGACGAAAGCGAGAACGAGAGCGGGAAGGAAACGGAGGAUGAGAGCGAGGAGGAAGAAAACGAGAGCGGUGAGGAAAGUGGUGACGAGAGCGAGGAGGAAGAAAACGAGAGCGGGGAGGACAGCGAGAACGAGAGUGAGGAGGAAAGUGAGGCGGAGAGCGAAGAACUGCUCGAUUACGAGGAGGAAAAUGAGACAAAGAGCGAGCAAGAGUAUCGAAUUCGAUACGAGAGCAAGGUGGCAAAUGAGAAAGAGAGCGAGGAAGAAAGUGAGGCGGCGAGCGAGGAACUUCUGGAUUACGAGGAUCAAGAAGAGGAGGAAGGGAAUGUAAACGAGAGCGAGGCGGAAAGCGAGGCGGAAAGCGAGAACGAGAGCGAGGCGGAAAGCGAAGAAGGAAGUGGGGAAAACGAGGACGAGGAGAGUGAGGUCGGAACGGAAGCGGAAGGGCCGGAAACGGACCCCGACAUGCCUGACCUGAUUUACGACACGUGGGACGACCAGGAAAGGGAGGGCGGAACGGAAGCGGAAGCGGAAGCGGAAGCGGCAGCGGAGCCGGAAAGUGAUAAGGUCUGCGACGACGUGCCGGACCUGGUCUAUGACACUUCAGAUGAUUUGGAAAGCGAGGACGAAGAGGAAGAAGACUCUGCGGAAGUAUCGGCCGGCCAGAAGCGGCGCAUCGCUCUGCAGGAUCGGCACAUCGCGUUCCUCAGUGAUCGCUUGCGGGCGGCCCGGCACAAGAUCUCCCAGCUGGAGGAAGCCGAGAAGAAAGCGCGCGACGAGCGCGACACACUGGAGGUUCUCCUGAAAACCGCGUACGAGCGCCAGGAUGAACUGAGUGACCAGGUUGCCAUCCUGAACGAUGCGCUCACCAGGGCCGAGCAGCACUUCGACAAGGUCGCCCGGCAUCGUCAUGAUGACGUCAGCUACGUCCAGGCUCCCUCUUUCCAGAAAGAAGAAAAAACCCGCGACGAUGUUAGCCAGGACUGGGCGUCAGCUUGGGACGGCGGCCGCUGGUGGCGCGAGUCCGGGAUCCUGGACGGCAAAAGUGACGUCAUCCAGUCGUUCUGCGGUUUUGUGGCCGACGCGCUCGACCCGCCCGCCAACCCCCAAACCUCGCCAGUGUUUUCGCCACGCGGCCCCGCCCCUCUGCACAGGUCCCCUUUCAAGACUAGCUGGGCCCAGGAACUAGAGUCGGAGCUUUCGCACGCCGUCGUGGGGUUCGCGGACCUUUUCUUCGACGGCGAGCCGUCCCCUGUCUGGCAGCACAUCGGCGACGUUCUCCCGGUCGCUUUGGAGGAGAUUCGGCACGAACUCGUCUGCACGGCGGAAGAAAUAACGCCCGGGAAACUCGCCCGGGGAGUGUCGGGGAUUGUGAAAGACGCGUUUGAGGGGUUCCGCCGGGAGUGGGACAAGACCGGCGGGCAGUGGUAGACAAGCUUAUGUAUUUGAUCCGUAUAUUAAAGGGAAAAAAGGGGAGUAUUUAAAAAGGGAGCAGUUGUGCUGCAUUUGAAUAAGGCAACGGUGCGGGAAGCGAAGAGAAGAAUGGUGGGUGUAUUUAAGUGGGCUGAUGACUCUGGUACUCAUGAGUAAGUGAGAGGAAAAGACGGGUGUUAGUUGGGGUGGAGCCGGGUGGACCUUGGAUAGUAAAGGAAGAGUCUGCACCAUGCUUAGGAGAGACUUGUUAGGAUCUUAGAGAAGGCUGGUGGGUAAGGGUGGUUAUAUCAUUAUUGGCCCUGGUUAGUCUAAGUAUCGUACGGGAGGGGGCGUAAGGCCGCGGCCUGAGAUGUCAGCCCUAACAAUCCGUGAGAGACUGAAUUAAAAAGGGUGUGAGUUGCAUAAGCCGGCUGUAGUGUAUCUGAGAAUUCAGGUAAGGACCGAACACGCUCGAUCAAUCAGAUCUGGCACUGGGCUUAACCCUCGCGACGGGCUUCACGCCCUCCUUAGAAGCUACGAAGGUAGCCUGCCAGCCAAACGAACCGCGUGCAUCAGGAUAAACAGCAAAAGCUGACCAAGCUGAUUUCAAAGUACUCCUACUUGGCUCCA